AUGACCUUCAAAACAGCUCUUCUCUUCCACACCCACUCUGAGGUCUCAAACCACCAUGCAAUCACUACAGUGGACAUUGAAGCCAUUAUGGACAAGGUUAGCAUUGCCUUCCUCACCAUCAUUACUCUCCUAGGGACCAUUGGGAACUCUGUGGUCAUCUGGGUGGCCGGCUUCCGCAUGAAACCCAAAGUCACUAACAUAUGGCUGGUCAAUCUCGCUGUAGCAGACCUGAUCUUCUGCCUGACACGAGUCAUAUCACUCAUCUCAAGUCUGUUCUUCGACUACUGGGCUUUUGGAGUUUUUCUCUGCAAGUUCAAUGGUUUCUUCAAGUAUGCCAACAUGUUCUGCAGUGUUUUUCAUCUGGCUGUCAUCAGUGUGGAUCGAGCGCUCUGUAUCUGGCAUCCAGUGUUCACCAGAAAACGACGGACGUUAUGUGCUGCUCGUGUGGUCAGUGUGGGAGUUUGGAUUGUGGCAGUGAUGUUCAGCUCACCGUACUUUGUAUACCGACAGGUCUUCCUUGACAAGAACAACUUGAGCCACUGCUCAUUCAAGGAGAAAGGAGAAGAAGAAGGAGAUGGCAGUUCAGCAAAGUAUGUCUACUAUUUAAAUCGUUUCAUCUGUGGAUUCUUGUUGCCCUUCCUGGUCAUCCUAAUCUGUUAUAUACUAGCUGCUGUUGGGAUACGCAGAACACGGCUCUCUGGAAAAUCAAGGCCUCUUCGGAUUCUUGUCGUUUUGGUCUGUGCCUUUUUCUUAUGCUGGGCCCCCUAUCACGUUCUAGGACUGGUCAAGUUGGUGAAUAGAAACAACAAGGCAGUAAAAGAAGGAUGGACUAUGGUUUCAAACUUAGCCUAUUUCAACAGCUGCAUUAACCCGGUUCUGUAUUUCUGCAUGGGAUUGGAUUUUAGUCGAUGCUGCAACCAAAGUUUGACUGGGAUAUUUCGCAGAGCACUUAUGGAGGAAGGCCAAAAUCUCUCACAUCAAGGGACUAGAGAAAAAAACUGUAAUUCUAUUCCAAAGCCUGCAGAAACUGAGUGUGAAGCUAAAGUUUAA